CCACAGGUUAAUAAACUAGCAUGCUAGCUAGUCUCUUGUUUUAUAAAAGGUGGUUCGCUUGAAAACGAUUUGUUAACUAGAUAAUUCCACUUAUUUCGUUAAUUGGCAGAAGACAAGUGACGAAUAUUAUGAAGAAUGCAUAACUUGUAAUGCUGUGCUCGUCGACAUAGCGAACCGGGCGAGAUUGGUCACCUUCAACAGAUUGAAUUCCCAGUGAGCUGUUUUUCUAAGCGCAAUGGACACCUUGGAUAGUAGGAGUGACCCCCGGUAUUCUGAUGGCGAUCACACCCCAUGGCUGAUGGAGAGAACGGAAGACAUGGAUCAGAGGAACCGGGAUGGGGUGGAGGGGUGGCGGCUGGUAGAUGUCCUGCUCUCCGGGGGGGCUCCAUGGGGGUUCACACUCAAAGGAGGCAGAGAACACCGAGAACCACUGCUCAUCACCAAGGUGGAGGAGGGCAGCAGGGCAGCAGCGGUCAGCCUCCAGGUUGGAGACGAGAUGGUGAACAUCAACCAGGUCCCUCUGAGCGGUUACAGGCAGGAGGCCAUCUGCCUGGUCAAGGGAUCAUACAAGACCCUCAAUUUGGUGGUCAAGAGGAAUAUGAGAAUGGUGGAUAUAGUAGCUACAGGAAAAAUACCCCCAGAGACUGAUGUCCAUGUGGCCAGGAGCUUUCUCACCAAGAUAUUACGAACUUCCAUGAGGAGGAAUGAAGCCGUAAGCAGGCCUCACUCCUGGCAUGCCACCAAGUUCAACGAAAGCCAAUCAGAGACUACCAAAACUCAGUCUCCACCCCUACCAGUCUGGCAGAGCAGAUAUGAUGCAAGCUCAUCUACGAACCUCUCCUCGUCCGGCUGGGACCAGAACCAGACCAACCUACGGCGAGUAUCAGACCAGUUCAGCUCUCUGGGCAGCAUGGACAGUCUAGACGUCUCCCACCACCCCUACCCCCCUGGACACCUGUCCCCAGGACACCUCACCCCGGUCAAGUCCAACACCAGCACAGAGCACCUGGGAGGGGGCAAGAGAGACUCAGCAUACAGCUCCUUUUCCACCAGCUCUGGUACCCCCGACUACAUCCUCUCUAAGAGCAAUGCUGCCUCCACAGAGAACAUGCUGUAUGAGGUGAGCCAGUGGGAAUCACGUGACAGCCCCAGGACAGAGGAGCAGACAGGGCCAGGCUCUUCCCACUCCUCCAGCUCUGCUAGGGCUAGCUGCGGUCCUGUCUGGCACGUUCCUGACAAGAAGAAGACCUCCGCUCCCUCUCCUCCUCCCCCACCGCCCGUACGCAGUGACAGCUUCGCUGCUACCAAGUCCCAUGAAAAGGGUCUGGUUCUAGCCUAUCCAGAUGGACCUGGUGCUCACACCCAGCCCAAGUCCCAUGAGAAGGGUCUGGUUCUAGCCUAUCCAGAUGGACCUGGUGCUCACACCCAGCCCAUGGCCCAUGGUAAAGGACUGAACAAAGGGAUGGACUCUGAUAACUCACAGCGCACCAAUGACGCUCGGCGUAGCCAUCACAACCUAGCCUCCAAGAACAACAUGGUCCCUCCUUACAUUUCACCAGAGAACUGUCAUCAGAACCAGGUGAACUGUAACAAGCUGUACUCUCUAUCCAGUAGUGAUGUCAGGUUGGGGCAGCCUACCGACCUGCCCUGCCACCAGAGACAGCACAGUAAUGAGAGCUCUCUCUACUCCCACCCCAGGACCUCAUCUGUCCCCAAACAGCAGAACGCCAGCGGCUUCUACAGCAGCAUGCAAGAGCUACCCACCAACUACAAUACCCAGAACACCCAGCUCUACAGCCUGUGCCCAGACAGCACUGGAGACAGCCGGUACUACUGUGUGACGGCCAGACAGCCUGGUCAACCGGUCACUCAGGCCCAGCUGGUCAAGACUGACGAAUGGAGGGGUGGAGUGGGCAGAGAGGAGGGUGUGGAGGGUGGAGGAGAUAGGAAGUCACUCACUCCCCAGGGGUCAGGGGUUACCAAGGCUAAGUACCAGCCACCUCCACCGCUCAACAACGACAGUAAGGGAUAUAGCAAACAGGAUGACGGCUUCCGCCUCAAACAGCCAGCUACCAUUUCUCCCUCUGCUGUAUUGGACUCCUGUAGAGCCCAGCCCAGCGCUGAGGAGCAGCCAGGCCUGAAGAGGAACGGCAGCCAGACUGCAGAGCCCCACGAUAUGAGUUACCCCCCUAGAAGGCAGUCUCUGCAGCCCCUCCAGCAGGACACCAUACACCGUCAAGAGAUGCUGCCAGACCGCUCUACCACCAGACCCAGUCAAAUCUGCCCUCAGACCACCAGCGGCCUCAGCAACUCAGGCCUCAGACCCAGAGACUGUUCCAGUCAGGAGACUGUAGAUCUCUCCAGUAAACAGUGCAGGAGGAACGACCGGUUCGCCACCACCCUGAGGAAUGAGAUCCAGAUGAGACGCGCCCAGCUGCAGAAGAGUGAGAGCGCUGCCUCCCUGAGUGGACCCUGUGAGGCGGAGGAGGACCAUGAGGUGCCGGAGGUCUGGCGGCCCAAAAAUACCACCUCUUCUUCAGAUGGCUCCUUCACUUCCACCUAUAAGGACCAUCUGAAGGAGGCGCAGGCCCGCGUGCUGAAGGCCACCUCCUUUAGGAGGAGAGACCUGGAGCCUGUCCUUCUGGAGCACCCUGGGGCGGAGGCAGGGUCCCUGCCUGUCUACCCCUCCUCUGGCCUGGGGAGGAGAGACAACUUUAACCCCCUGUCCAGCCUCUCUGAGGGCCUCCCAGCCAGGUCUGGCUCUGCCCAGAGUCAGGUGACCCGUAUCGGAGGUAGGAAGCGUUUCACCACGGAGAAGAAGGUCCGGUGUUUCUCUGAGCCAGACAAAAUCAACGAGGUGGGGGUGGAGGAGGAGCUGACCCUCCCUGAGGCUGCGGGCUCCUUGCUGAACCGACGCUCCACCGCCAGACCUGCCUUCACCAGAUCACUCCCGAAAACUGCCCUGCCAGGCCCUGUCGAGGACUGUGGAGAGGGCAAGGAGAGAUCCAGGGGUGAUUCUAACAUGUCCAGCAGCAGGAAGGAACCGAGGGAGACCAGGACUAGAGCUACCCCAGAGGGGGGUCAGGGACAGGACCACAGACAGCAGGCCCUCCUGGAGCUCCAGAGACUGGGGACCUUCGCUGAGUACGAGGCCACCUGGAACACCCAGAAGAAAGCAGCUGGGACCAGAGGCUCAGGACGCCCUCUCUCUGCUGAUAACUUCCUGGAUCCUGGAGGAGAUGACCGGACCAAACCAGCCCCAGUCCACGAGAGGUCCCGAUCCUCACCCUCCGCUGACUUCUAUGACAAGAGCCAACCUGCCCAACUGGAGAGCCAACCUGCCCAACAGGAGAGCCAACCUGCCCAACAGGAGAGCCAACCUGCCCAACUGGAGAGCCAACCUGCCCAACUGGAGAGCCAACCUGCCCAACUGGAGAGCCAACCUGCCCAACUGGAGAGCCAACCUGCCCAACUGGAGAGCCAACCUGCCCAACAGGAGAGCCAACCUGCCCAACUGGAGAGCCAACCUGCCCAACUGGAGAGCCAACCUGCCCAACUGGAGAGCCAACCUGCCCAACAGGAGAGCCAACCUGCCCAACAGGAGAGCCAACCUGCCCAACAGGAGAGCCAACCUGCCCAACAGGAGAGCCAACCUGCCCAACAGGAGAGCCAACCUGCCCAACUGGAGAGCCAACCUGCCCAACUGGACAACAACACCACUGCAAGGUUAUCUGACAGAUGUCGUGGUGGAGAAUUCAGAGGGAGGGUGAAGAGAGAGAAGGCUCUGGAACCUCUGGAGCUGAAAGACUUCCCAGAACCCCCUCCACCCGUGACCAACGAGGAGAGCCCUGACAUCAGACCCACGGCUGCCCCCUACGACCCCCUCCCGGUAACUUCUGCCCCCUGCCCUGCCUACCACAGACCCACAUCCAUCUCUUACCAGCCCCUAGACACUGACCACCCACCCCCAGAUGAGUCCUACAGCGAUCCUGAACCCCAGCCCCAGACCUCUAUACCCCAGCUUUAUACCCAGCUCCAGACUGGUACCAGGAGGAAGGGUCCUGUCCCCCCGCCCAGACAAGACCCUUCUAGACAUCCUGAGAACACACUCUCCCAGGAGUGUCUGUCUAGCUCUCAGGGCGGAACCUCCACCUCCCAUGCCCCGGUCUCCUCCCACUCUGCCUCUGGUCCCAUCCACUCCCCAAGGAGGGAUUCUGAGCAAAGCAGAGGAUUGGUGGAGAGGGAGCAGGAGGCGGUACACCAGGUAGUGCCAUCCAAUCCUGGUCCAGCCCUUCCUGCCCUGCCCAGUAUGAAGUGCCAGCGGUCUCCCUCUCCCCAGUUUGCUCCUCCUCAGCUGACAGACAAGCCUCCUGUCUUUCUUCAGCAGAACCAUGACAACCCUGUCUCUGUCUCGGUCCGUCUGCACCAUGACCAAAACAACAGGAUGGAGAAUGUGAUGGAGCCAACCAGUAACUCUGUGAGGAAGGUUCCUAUAAAGAUCGUUCACUCAGAGAGUGAGAAGGAGAAGGAGAGCCGACAGUACCUGCUGCGUCACAGUGACUCCACAGGGGAAGAAGCCCAGGGGCCCGGCCUGGUCCCCCUCAGCAGCCUGGGGACCUCAGGGGCCCCAGAACAGUCCUACUCUCUGUUCUGUGCCUACAGCCAGCAGAGGAACCAGGGGCCAGAGAGAGAGAAGGCACCGGCCCCACCCAGCUACCCAGCCCCAGCCCCAGUACUGGCUACACCCCCACCCCCUUACCAAGCUCCAGCCCCAGUACUGGCUACACCCCCCACCCCCUUACCCACCCCAGCCCCAGUACUGGCUACACCCCCACCCAGCCAGCAGACCCCCUCAGCCCCAGACCCCCCCAGCAGUAACGGCGUGUCCCCACCCGUCCCUCUCCCCCACUCUGAGGAGGAUGUGAAGCGAGAGCAGCUGGCCAGAGACAUCAUGAAUAAGGACCGGUCCCUAGCUGACAUCUUGGACAAGAACCGGAGGAGGACCACCAUGGACCUGAUGGAGGGACUCUUCCCCCAGGGAGCAGUGCUGCUGGAGGGGAAGGAGAGGAGGAAGGUGUCCCCCAAACACUCCUCACCACUGCCUUCAGAGGACAGGACUGAAGAGAACAGUAUAGCGGCAGCAGUUGCUUUGGUGACCAGCUCCACCUACUACAGCACGUCGGCGCCAAAGGCGGAGCUUCUGAUCAAGCUGAAAGACAUGCAGGAGAGGGAGGAGCUAGAGGAGGAGCCGGAGGAGGAGUCAGCGGAUGAGCUGGACCUCGACCUGGCCAAUAAAAAGCAGGAGCUGGUGGACUCUCUCAGCAGGAAGCUGCAGGUGCUGCGUGAGGCCAGAGAGAGUCUUCAGGAGGAUGUCCAUGAUAACAACGCCCUAGGGGAGGAGGUGGAGGCCACGGUGCAGCAGGUCUGUAAGCCAAACCAGCUGGACAAGUUCAGGAUGUUCAUAGGAGAUCUGGACAAGGUAGUCAGCCUGCUACUGUCCCUGUCCGGACGCCUGGCCAGAGUGGAGAACGCCCUCAACAGCCUGGAGGAGGGUACAUCACUGGAGGAGAGGAGAACCCUGACAGACAAGAGGAAGCUGUUGAUCCAGCAGCAUGAGGAUGCCAAGGAGCUGAAGGAGAAUCUGGACCGCCGGGAGAGAGUGGUCUACAACAUCCUGGCCUCCUACCUCCCUGAGGACAGCCUGGCCGACUACCAGCACUUUGUCAAGAUGAAGUCUGCCCUCAUUAUCGAGCAGCGCAAACUAGAGGACAAGAUUAAACUGGGAGAGGAGCAGCUCAAGUGUCUGAUGGACAGUCUGCCACUAGAGCAGAGGAUGAGCUUGUAACCCCUGACCCUUGGAGGGCAUGGAGCUCUAAACAUACAUUUGACUGUUUAACAGUUUAUUAUUGACCACACUCUGGCCUGACACUAGUGGCCACUUAGGGGAAGCAGAGAUGGGAUCUGAACGCACAAGGCUAACAGACUUCUCAAACUGUGUAUGAUGGACCUGAGCUCUCUGAAGGCUCCUGACCUGACCACUCUCUGGCAUCUUGACCUGACCACUCUCUGGCCUCCUGACCUGACCACUCUCUGGCCUCCUGACCUGACCACUCUCUGGCCUCCUGACCUGACCACUCUCUGGCCUCCUGACCUGACCACUCUCUGGCCUCCUGACCUGACCACUCUCUGGCCUCCUGACCUGACCACUCUCUGGCCUCGCUGCAGUGGAGCCCUAUGGCCACUAUGCAGAGAGGGGCAACAGUAUCCCACUAGGUGGCAGCAGAGAGCAGAGCUCCAGACUGGAGGGGUUGUAAUGUUUAGCUGAUGUUUCCUCCUCAGGAUCCCAACACUGAUCUGAGCCUAAUGGAGCCCCACCAGAUCACACAUAUACACUGAGCAAAAAUAAUAAAUGCAACAUGCAACAAUUUUAACAAUUUUACUGAGUUACAGUUCAUAUAGGGAAAUCAGUCAAUUGAAAU